GGGGAGUCCCAGUCGAGCUCCCAGCCUCCUCCCCCUGACCCCCCGCAGGCUUUAGCUGAGCCAAGAGGCAGGCCGGGCUACGGAGCCACAGAGCGGCUAAACAGGUGGUCUUGAAACCGAAGGCUCUCCAAACAACACACAACAAUGUCGUCCGGGGGGGAAGACCACCACUUCGGGCUCUAGCGGCGGGUCUUCUCGAGGGCUGUACAGGAAUACGAACCCGGAGGAUUAGAUUCAUGUCCCUGUUGUUCUUUCCGUCGGAGCCCUCCUCCUCCUCGGUGCCACUCCGAUCCCGGGCCACAGAACUCGGAUCCUGAAGCAUGAAAGUGACGGUGUGUUUCGGCCGGACCCGGGUGGUCGUGCCGUGCGGGGAUGGGAACAUUAAGGUCCACACGCUGAUCCAGCAGGCGGUCAUGAGGUACAAGAAGGCGAUCGCCAAGGACGCGGGCUACUGGCUGCAGGUCCACCGGUUGGAGCACGGGGGUGACGGAGGAAUCUUGGACCUAGACGAUGUGCUGUGUGACGUAGCAGACGACAAGGACCGGUUGGUGGCGGUCUACGAGGAGCAGGACCCCCACUCCGGGGGGGACGGGACCAGUGCCAGCUCCACGGGGACCCAGAGCCCGGACCUCUUCGCCCCUGCGCCCCCCGAGCUGAACGGCACCGCCUCCUCCACUGCCUCCUCCUCCGCCUUCACGCCCUACCAGGCCGCCAGCGAGAUCGAGGUCACGCCCUCCGCCCUCAGGACCAACAUGCCACUCCACGUGCGUCGCAGUAGCGACCCGGCCCUGAUGACGCUGAACGGGCCUCUGAAUGGCGUGGAGCCUCGCCCCCCCGCGGAGCAGCAGACUCCGCCCUCCCGACGUAACCCCUCCCGCUGGUCGACCACUGCCGGCUUCAUGAAGCCCCGCCACUCAACCGGCACCAGCAGCCUGGAGCGCAAGGGGAAGGCUACGGACACGUACCGCAGCCUGCCGCGCGACGCCGGGACCUAUACCAAUCAGAGGGACUUCCAGAGAGAGACGGCGAGGUCAUCGCUCAGCGCCAACCACCCCAUGGUGGACCGCUGGCUGGAGAGGCAGGACCAGGACGAGGAGUCCACGGAGGAGAACGGCCGGAUCGAGCCGGUCGGGAGCGCAGACUCCUUCCUGGACCAUGCCCCCGUACGGAACAUCGAAGGCAUGGUGCGGCUGGUGGAGGUGACCAACGAUGGCGGCCCCCUGGGGAUCCACGUGGUGCCCUUCAGCUCCAGGGACCGCAGGACCCUGGGCCUGCUGGUGAAGCGCCUGGAGCGGGGGGGCAAGGCGGACCAGCAGGAGCUGUUCGAGGAGAACGACUGCAUCGUGUGCAUCAACAACACGGACUUGCGCAACACGCGCUUCGAACAGGCCCAGAACAUGUUCCGUCAGGCCAUGCGGUCGCCCCUCAUCGUGUUCCACGUGGUUCCGUCUGCGCUGAAGUCGCGGUACGAGGCGAUGUCCCUGGGGGACGGACGCACGCCGUCGGGCUCCUCGUACGGCUCGGACCGCUUCAGCCCCGACUCGCUGGGCGGGAGCUCCGCCUCCGACCACGGCCCGCCCCCGCGCGUGGGCGUCGCCCGCCACGCCUCACAGACGCACGCCCACUCGCCGCUCCUGGACCACCCCGGGGCGGAGCGGCCGGGGCCCUACCCCCCCGGGGGUGGGUCCGCCACCCUGCCCCACCCCGCCGCCAAGCCCCCCACAGGCCACGCCCCCUCGCCACAGCGCGGGCAAGGCUCCGCCCCUGCCCUCGGCGGCUUCACCAAGAAGGUGGGGAGGAGGCUGAACAUCCUGCUGAAGAAAGGUCCGGAGGGUCUGGGCUUCAGCAUCACAUCGCGGGACGUCCCGAUCGGGGGCUCGGCGCCCAUCUACGUCAAGAACAUCCUGGCCCGGGGGGCCGCCAUCCAAGAUGGCCGCCUGAAGGCGGGGGACCGGCUGAUGGAGGUGAGCGGCGUGGACUUGCAUGGGCGGAGCCAGGAGGAGGUGGUGUCGCUGCUCCGGAACACGCCCAUGGGCGGAGCUGUGAAGCUGCUGGUGCUGAGACAGGAGGACAGCUUCCUGCCGCGAGACGCGAACGCCAGCCCCCUGACGCAGAGCACCCGAGACUUGAAGCUGGAGGAGGAGGAGCUGGUCCUGACCCCGGACGGGACCCGGGAGUUCCUGACCUUCGAGAUCCCGCUGAGCGACUCGGGUUCUGCCGGGCUGGGGGUCAGCGUGAAGGGGAACCGCUCCAAGGACAACCACGCCGACCUCGGCAUCUUCGUCAAGUCCAUCAUCAACGGGGGCGCCGCUUGCAAGGACGGCCGGCUGCGGGUCAACGACCAGCUGAUCGCGGUGAACGCUGAGUCCCUACUUGGCAAGACCAACCAGGACGCCAUGGAGACGCUGCGCAAGUCCAUGUCCACCGAGGGCAACAAGAGGGGCAUGAUCCAGCUCAUCAUCGCCCGGCGCGUCCCCAAGCACGGAGAGCUGGACCCCCCCGGCAGUCCGCACGCCUCCCAGCAGGCCUUCAGCUCCUCGCUGGACGACCACGAGCGCCGCAUCUCCCACUCGCUGUACGGGGGCCUGGAGGGUCUGGAUGACAACCUGCUGCCCCGCCCCGGGGGGGCCCUGCCCCGCACCGCCGGUAACUACCAGCUGUCCCCAACCGUCAACAUGCCCCAGGACGACACGGUCAUCAUCGAGGACGACCGGCCCCCCUUGUUCCCCCCCCACCUCUCCGACCAAUCCUCCUCCAGCUCCCACGACGACAUGUGCUUUCCCGCCGAGACGACCCCGCCCUGGGCCAAGGAGCCGGCCAAUCAGAACGAGAGCCCGAUGAGCCCGGGGGAAGAGGAUGGAAGCUUCCAGAGGGAGGGCUUCGGUCGGCAGAGCAUGUCGGAGAAACGCACCAAGCAAUUCGGAGACGCAGCCCAGCUGGACAUCAUCAAGACCAGGAAGUCCAAGAGCAUGGACCUCGUAGCCGACGAGAUUAACCUCACACCACGACCCGACCCCAACGCAGGUUCGUCUCCCCGGGACGUGGGUCCGUCUCUGGGCCUGAAGAAGUCCAGCUCCCUGGAGAGCCUCCAGACCGCCGUGGCCGAGGUGACCCUGAAUGGAGGGGACCACCCCUUCCACAGGCCACGCCCCCGCAUCAUCAGGGGGCGGGGCUGCAACGAGAGCUUCCGCGCCGCCAUCGAUAAGUCGUAUGACCGGCCGACCGCCGCCGCCAACGCUGCCGCCAUCACCACCGAAGAAGAAGAUGAGGGCAUGGACACACUGGAGGAGGACACAGAGGGGAGCUCCCGGUCUGGGCGGGACUCGGUCUCCACGGUAGCAGACCUCACCCCCCUGACCGGGUUGGCCAACGGGUCCGCCUCCUCGGACCGGCCCAGGGAGGAGAAGAGGAAGGACAAGACGCCCACCAAGGAGAAGAAGAGGAGCGAGGGAGGGAAGGAGAAGGACAAGGAGAAGGGCAAGGCCAAGAAGGGCAUGCUGAAGGGCCUGGGGGAGAUGUUCAGGUUCGGGAAGAAUCGGAAGGACGAACGCGUCGGCGACAAGCUGGAGCGGAAAGGCUCGGCCAAGUGGCGGACGGAGGAAUCGCAGGCGUCGGAGGAGGAGACGCAGCGCAUGAAGCUGGAGCAGGAGAGGAUCCAGCAGAAGAAGCGGGAGCUGCGAGAGCGUCAGGCGCGGGAGCGGGACUACGCCGAGAUCCUGGACGUGUGCCGGCCCCUGGGCGGUAACCACGGCGACCAGGAGGAGGCAGAGGAGCACCCGUACGCCGGCAUCCCCUCCCCGCCCGCCUCUGACCCCCCGCUGGGCAGCCCCCGCCUCCCCUACCCCCGCCUCCUGCCCCCCCACCCCCAGCACCAGCACCACCACCAGCUCUCAGACUCCACCCUCUACACCCCCGUCAGCAAGGCCCCCAACGGGAGGCCCCCGUCCGCAGACAGCAACCGACUAGCCCCUAGCAACCACGACCGGAUACAGCGGCUGCGCCAUGAGUUCCAGCAGGCCCAGACGGGACCCGAGGACCCCGACGACCGCCGGCGCACCUACAGCUUCGAGCAGCCCUGGGUGAGUGUCUGAGGGCCGCCCCCCCCCCAGUCCGUCCGGGGACCCCACCUCGGGUCCGUCCAGGAGACCCCCCCCCACUGGGUACCCGGCGGAGGAGACGGCUAACGGCGGUGUUAGCCUAGCGGCUAGCGGGACCGGGAGAACUCAAAGAAAUCAAAGGACUGAACUGUCUGGAUCGGCCGUCACGCACCGUUGACCGUCGUAGCAUGCUAACGCCCGAGCGUUAGCAUGCUACCCGCCGGUUAGCACGAAGCUAACCCUUCACUAACCACACUACCAAUCACAAGCAAGACUGGAAUGUUCCCCGGACUGCCGUUAGCCUCCCCCUAAUGAGGCUAACAGGCUAACCUGCUAACGCUAACUCCCUCUCCAGUCCACACCCCCUAUUCAUCUGCAUGCAGGGCUGGACGUCCCCGUCACUAACCCCACAACCACCCCAAACACCGCCUCAACAUCAUUUCAUUAGUUUCAGCUGUCUGUCAAUCACCCACACUGAUCCCGCCCGCCAUCUUUCAUCGACCAACAGACUCUCUAGACUCUGACUCGUCCAACCACUGAAUCAUGGAACCCACUUGUAGACGUGUCAUUUUUAAAAAGUGUUUUAUCUUGAAGUGUGAGGUUGGGAUCGUGUGCGUUUUAGCGGUUGUUUUAAUUGUGUUUCCUGGCGGGUCGUCUGUGACGGUUCUUAAUUAGAACGUUCCUCCCGCCCUCCGUGGGCUGAUGAAACCAGACGACAUCUCUGACGGGUUAUUUUAAGGCCGGCUCCUCCUCCACAAGUGUACUUUGUCUCCUCUUUUUUUUACAUGAAUUUCCAUAACUGCUGAUGAUGACACGUCUUCCCCUCCUUUGAGUGCGUCGGGCCGCCGGGGGUUUGAAUCCCCUUCAGCAUCUCAUUGAGCACUGCUGCCCGCGUGCCUCCGAGCAAACUCCCUGGAACUGCCUCUGCGAUCGCCCCCUCCCUCCCGUACCACGACGUCCACGCUGUAGUCUAGGAGAGCUCUCGGAACUCAAAGCAUUCCUGUUCUCUGCACACAUCUGUAUCAAAGGUUCUGUGGUCGGAUCCCAGCCGUGUUCGAGAUGCAGAGUUCUGUUUUCAUAUUUUCUUACGCUCCUGUGAUCCCCUGUGUUGUGCAAACAGCUUUUUAAUAUUCCAGGUGAUAUGGAAUAUCAGCGAGAGGCUCUGUUCUUUUAUAGCUCAUAAACACAAAUAAAAAAAUAAAACUCCAAACCUGCAGCGUCGACCCAAGUCAUGAGGUUCUACUCUCAGCAUCUGAUCUAUUCUCCUCCAGAAACGCCUCCGCCAGACAAUGAGGUCCAGGUCCUAGACCUCCAGUCCCGGGUCUAGGUCCUAUACCACCAGUCCCGGGUCUAGGUCUUAGACCCACAGUGCCGGGUCUAGGACCUAGACUCAGUCCUGGGUCUUGGACCUAGUCCUCCAUUCCUGGGUGUAGGUCCUUAACCUCCAGCCCGGGUUCUAUAACACUGGACCGGCUGCCAGAACUCCAGGGGGGGUCCGAACGGAACCCCCUGGAGUUCUGGACUGAGGAGCUAUUAUGAGCUUGGAGGUGUUUUUUAUCUUUUCCAUAUCAGAGGGAUCGCAUCCAGAACCCUGCGGUCCCAGC